UGUAGAUUUAUUUUGACAGUUACAGCACUGCAAAAUAUGGUGUCCUGUCAAGAAAGAUAAUAAAGUUUUAGAUAAGAUAAAAAAAAGUUGUAUUUGUGCCUGUGAAAUUAAUUAGGAAAAUAAUAACAAAAUGUCUGGCUUCGAAGAAAAUCCCUUCGGCGAACCUACCAUAGAUAAUCCCUUUGCGGAUCCUUCUGUUCAACAAGUUGCUAGGAACACCAAUGCCCAACUUAGAGUGGAUGACUACAAUCCCUUUGAUAAACAACCUCAGAACCAAAAACCGGUUUCCUAUGGCCAACCUACCACUGGACCGGCGAUCAUGCAGCCUACGCAAGAACCUCCUGCGUAUACAAAAACCGGACAACAGGCCCAAAAUGUUCCUAAACCUUCCUUGGACACGGCAGAAUUACAAAGGAGACAAGAAGAAUUAGAACGCAAAGAACAAGAAUUGGCACGACGUGAAGAAGAGAUGAGAAAUGCUAGCUACAAUGUAAGACGUAAUAAUUGGCCACCUUUGCCUGAACAGUGUUGUUUUCAACCCUGCUUCUACCAAGACAUACAAGUUGACAUACCUUUAGAAUUCCAAAAAAUCGUCAGGACACUUUAUUAUCUUUGGAUAUAUCAUGGUGCUCUGAUGAUAAUAAAUGUGAUAGGUGGAAUAAUUUUGCAAGAUUAUAAAAUUGUUGGACUUGGUGUAUUAUACGUUUUGUUAUUUACGCCAUUUGGUUAUCUUUGCUGGUUUAGACCGGCAUACAAAGCAUUCCGAUCGGAUUCUUCAUUCAAUUUUAUGGUAUUUUUCUUUAUCUUCUUCUUUCAAUUCGUAAUUUCUACUAUUCAGACCAUUGGAAUACCUGGUUCUGGAACUGUCGGAAUCAUUACAGCCCUUUCAACUUUCCAAAGCACAACUUGGAGCAUUGUUAGUGGAAUUAUCGCAUUGUUCAUUGCUGUAGGAUUUGGACUUGCUGCCGCAGCAGAUCUUUUUCUGAUCUCUAAGAUUCAUCAUAUGUACAGAAGCACUGGCGCCAGUAUGGCAAAAGCACAACAGGAAUUCACCACGGAGUUCUUCCGCAACCAGCACGUAAGGACCGCCGCUAGUAACGUCGCUGCAGCCGCAGUACAGUCGCAGUUAAACCAAAAUAAUCAAAGCAACCCAAGAUAUUAGUUAUAGAAACUAUUACUACAUUAUUAUAUAACUUUUAAGUCUCAGUAUUUAAUUCCCGAAAGACUUCUAACUUUUUGUUAAUUGUUAAAAUGAAAUUAAUAUCAUUAAUUGUAAAAAAAAGAACAAAAGAACUUAAAAAUACUAUAAAAUAAUUAUUUGUAGGCGAUUGUUGAAGAUUUUGAAAAUUAUAGUAUUUUUAACUACUGUGUUUAUUGUAAAUGACUUUGUAUAUUGGACUAUGUGAUUACAAAAUUGGAAGGGUAACUUCAAUAUCAGACUUGAAUUAUUGUAUUUCUAAAAAAAAUACUAUACGAGAUUUUCCAAUACAUACGGAAAACUACACUGAUUUGUCGCUAAAAUAUUAAAUUACGUAUUUUUUUACAUGCAAUCGAUUAUUUUUAUGUAUUGGAAAAUCAUUGUAUGUAAUCUUGUUACAUCGAUUUUAAAUAUAUAGGUUGUACAUAUUUAUUAUUAUUUUUUUUUUUUCAUUAUAAGGUUUUCUUAAUAUAUACUUCAAAUAGUUACUAUUGAUCGAGUUAGAAAUAUUUGUGGUAUAUAUUUCGGAAAUAAUAUAUAUUCUAUGAGCUAUUUCAUUGUUGCAUCCUCGUCAAUUAUCUGUAUUUUGAUAAAGCGUUAGGUUUGAAUUUAAAAUGCUGUGUAACAGAUUUUAAAAUUAUCUUAUUUAAUAGUAGAUCAUUGACAGUACCAUAAUAUCAACCAAUAAAAUUGUGAGCAUCAAAUUGGGAGUUUUUAAUUGUCAAUAUAUACAAGGUGUUUCAAUAUUAAAUCGGCUUGCAUUAUUUUAUAUUAUAAACUUGUCGUAGUGUCAGUAAUGUAUAUCUUGAAACACCCUGUAUAUUACAACGUUACAGACAUGUAGUUCUUUGGCUUCAAGUGGUCCUAUAGUGUUUUUUCUGCAUACUUUUUCACUCUCAAUUGUACCGCUCAUAGCCCAUUUUUCGUCCUUUGUUUUUCUUCCGUGCUAAAAAGUUUUGUGAUACUUUAAUUCGUCUAUUUGUUUAUUGUUUUUUUGUCCGCCAUACAAGUCUUGGAUUUUAUUUGUUUUUAGUCUCUAAAAAUUUUUAGUUGUAACUUCUGCUUAAAUCACUGUAUAAACAUUCUUCUUUCCCUGAUAUCUAAUGUGCUUGUCUCCUGUAUGUUUAAUACCCAGAGCAGUACUACUACAGGACAUCUGUAAAGACUCAGUUUGACUGUCAGUGAAACUUGUUUACAUUUAACCAGUUUCUUGCUUGCUCUAGUUUGUUGCGAUUUGUAAAUUCCACUCUGAAUAGUCCUAGAGGUGGGAAUAAAAUGAAAAUGUAUUUUCUCAUAAGUUAUUAAAAGUUUGACAUUGUAAAACUAUAAGAAUACUAAAUAAAAAACCGUUUGCAUACCGGACCUUAGUUGUCGCCUUUAAGGCCCAUAAUCCUCAAAAUUUUGAAAAAAUCGAUAUACAUUUACCUCAUUAGUAACCGGAAAAAUUUUAAGUUGAUAUUGUUUUUCAUUUUUGACUGAUUUUUUUAAAUAUUCAACCCCUCUUAACCCCCAUUUUUAUUCGUAGGCUUCGUCCCCUUAUGCAACUUGAUUUGCCUGAAAAUUUAAAGUUUAUUUCGUUUUUGAUUUAAUUUUUUUUUAUUUCAAGCCCCUUAACAACCCCCCUCUCCCCACCUUUAAUUUUUUUUUUAUAUAUAUCGAUAGGCUUCGUCCCCUUUAUAGAUUUUGAUUUUUACUAAAAAUUUCAUAUUGAUAUCACUUUUCGCUAUUAAUUUAUGAUUUUCUUUAAAUUUAAACU